GGCGGGAGAUACAACUCGUGGUCCCUCGUGCUCCCUAUGAAGUUGCUUCGAAAAGAGUUUUCCAUUUUUUCCUCAUCGCACGAGGUUUUUACAGAUCUUAGAAUAGAAUUAUCUGGGAAAAUUGUAUGAUGGUGGAUUGUGUUGGAGAUAGUGAUAGCACACACUAUCGCUAUGCAGCUCCAGGGAGGUACACUGGGCAGCCAUCACUCAUCAGCCAACCACAGCUUUGUCACGAUUGUAGCAAAAACCAAGCUACAAAGAUAAAGGAAUUGAAUUCAUUUGAACCAUCAAGAGAAUCUGACUUCUUUUCUGAAUUGGAUGCUCAUAAAAAUCACCUGGAUGAGCGAUACAAACUGUGUCAUCCAUGUUAUGACACUGUUCAGCGUCACUUGAACCUUCAAGCAAUGGACCUGAAAACAUUUGUACUUGGUACUCAUCUGCAAAAUUCAAAAUCAACUCCAACAAAGUUGAAGCAUUUAAGGACAUCUUCACCAGAAUCCAUUAUUUUUGUAUUAGCUAAGCUAACUUGUGUUUUCCUUGCUGCCCUGUUGGUUUUCUCUGAUUCAACACAAGCUAAUUGCAGUGUUUCUGGUGAGGCCCUGGGUUUUUGGAGCAUUUCUAUCAUGGCUGAUCAAGAGUUUUGGUCCAGUUUUCCUCAUACAAACAUGACAGCAACAUCAAAAUAUUUAUUCUUUCAACUUAUCCAGUUAUUUCAAGUUGCAGUGAGGAUGUCAUGGGAGAAAAGUUCAGAACUAAUCCUCUGUCUGCGUUGUCUGGCAAGGAAGAAGUACUUGCACAUCUUAUUGUGUUGCUUGCUGAUGAAUUUCCUGAUAUUUUUGAAAAGAAAGAGCAGGUUUGGCAUUUUGAUUUUAGUCUCGUGGACCUUACUUUCUGCUCUAAGAUUCUGGGAAGUGGUUUGGCGUAAGGCUGACACAAGAUGGCACACCAGAAUGGCUGUGUUCUGUCUCAUCCUGGACAUGUGCUCUUUCCUAGUCUCCUUUUCUUCAUACACAAGAGUCCUGGCUACAAGAAAAAAGAAAAGAUGCCAAUAUACACCAAGUUCACCCUGUGUCGAAAAACAUCCCACAUCGCCGGCUGAUUCCCAUACCAUGGACACAAAUACAUGCUCUGGGAGUACACCCUCCCAUGGUAAAACAUCAACAGAAUUAGAUCACAACCUGAACGGCCUGUCAUUAGGUUUACCCGCAGAGAGAAAGAAUGGCUACAGAUCCCCGUUGUCACCAGGGAACUGUGGAAGACCAGGUUUCUUCUGGAGUCAAACUUUGAGAAACAAUUCAGAUGAGACACCUUUGGUAUCCAUGCAACAAAGGCCCCUCAUCGUUCCUGCGACCUUGCAUUUUUCAGGACUCCGUGACAGAUCUCCAGAGACACAGAACUCAGAAACGAAAAGUGCAGUUCGUUGUACUGGUAAUUCCUACACAUUCUCCUCGGACGAGGACUCCGGUUCAGUAUCGGACACAGAAGAUGAGAACUUUGAAAAGAAAUCAAGACAAUUGAAUGACACAAAGUCAAAAGCAAAACAAAUCCCAAGAAGGACCAAACCUCAUUCUUCAGAACUGUCUGAUGAGGCGAACAUUAAAACAACUCCAUAUACUAAGAAUUUGUUAUUCCUAGCCAGCCUACUGUUAAACGUGUAUUUUUUGGUAUCAUUCACCGACUGGCCCCAACGAAUUCUUCAAUCGCUUAGGAAGAUUUCAGGAACAAGAAAAUAAAUCUAUAUAAAUGUAUUUUUUAAGAAGGCGAGGAAAAUUAUUCAUUUGCUGUAUAUAUUUAGUCAUUUUGUUUGUUACCGUUAAUAAAAUAUACCUGAAUACAAAAUAUGACUGGUUGGAUUAUUACGUAGCUCAAAGGUGUUAUCAGCCUGACUUUUCUUUUGAAAGGAGGCAGGCGACAUUUCGAUCUUUUUCUGCCGCUGAUCGUGGAUAUGAAGCUUCUUAAGCAGAGCCCUCUUCUAAUAAU